AUGGCUUCUUCACCCAAUAUUUCCCAUCGCAUCCCCACAAUCACCAUUCUCACCAUCCUCGCCAUCUUCGGCCUCGACGCGCUCCUCCUCCAACUCGAGCGCAAUGGCUGGAUGGACAUGUCACGCAGCAUAACCCAAGACCCUCUCCCUCGCUUCUUACCCGACACAAAUAGAUUAAUCGUCAAGCGAUACACUGGAAUUGGUCUACUUGAUGAAUUUUUCGCUUUUUCGAAUAUUGUUUGGGCAACUGUGACUGAUGGUUCGAGGCCGGAAGUGUCGCUUUUCAUGAUUUGCUUUGGAGGGCAGCUUAUUGCUACGUUUAUGGUGUUUGUCAUUGAAGCCCAAAGAACUGUGGGAUGGAGUCCUAUUGUACUCAAUGGUGCUGUUUGGUUAUGGGUUAUUCAGUCCGUUGGCUUUGGCUUCAUUGCACCAGUCUACUACGCCAUUCAUCUCCUGUUGACGUCCAAGGCGUCGUGGGCACAGAGCGUUCAUGUUCGCGAUUAUCUCAGCCUUCACACCGUCGUCCCAUCUUUCUUGCUGGGCUACUUCGUGCCAUGCAUUUUCCUGGUGUAUCCGUUCUCCAACCACAAUGUUCGACAGUGGUCCAACGCUGUCUGGGCAAUGGCUCCCUUCUACAUCUUUAUCCUCCAGACUGUUUUCACUGGUCUUCUCAAGAGGCUUAGCGUCGGACAGGAUGCGAAUAGAUCAAAGGUUGUGCUUGAAAAGGCUGCUUUGAGACAUGCCUACGGCUUCGCAUGGAACAUCGCCGUCGUGAGCCAAAUGACCACCUACGCAGCCCUCAUCGCAGCGGGCGCUUUUCCAAGUUUAUUCCCCAAAGGUAUCGCAGCCUCGCUCACCGCAGAAAAAGUCUUUGUUCCUGAUGCAGCACCGCAUUCGUACGAGCCAAUGUCCAGCGCUGGAGCAGCAAUGCAUAACUUUCUCAUCUACGAUUUCGCUACUGGUUCAGUCGCGGGACUUAUUUGGGGUCUUCAGCAGUUGUUGGAAGUAAAGCCGGAAUUGAAGACUGGGGAGGAGAGGACGAAUCUUGUUAGGGGUGUUGUCACGAGUGUUUUGCUUUCGGGACCGGGUGGUGCGCUUGUUGCGUUGAUGCAGCAUCGUGAUGAGUCUGUUCUUAGUGCUGAGGCCAAGGGUGAAAAGACACAGUAA